AUGUCCAUCCGUCAACGUCUUUCUAUAAGUCGACCUCGCUCACCCGGAGCCCCUCUUCAGCUAACCAUCGGCGUUUGCACACCGCACACCGAAGACGGACCCAGUCACUGGGUUCUAAUGCUUGCACAACGAGACGCCGAGUACGCGACCUGGUAUCACGCAACCGGCGGUCCCAGCGUCGGCGAACCGUGGCAAGUGGUGAUCGAAGAGGGACGACUAAAUAGUUGGGCUGUAGACACUCGCUACAAGGUCGCAGAGAUCUCAGCAGGACGCAGGAGGUCAGUCAGGGCUUCAGCGAAGAAGAUCCCAGGUAAGUUCUGCCAAGACUGGGUGUUUGAUGUCAUCGGGGACUUGGAGAAGCAGGAGGUUGUGCCUGAGGGCUCGCAGAACAGGAUUGCUGAGUUUCUCGAAGAGGAUCCUUAUGCAUAUGCGACACCAGAGGUGGAAGGGCAAGGCAGUGAAACUUCUGAUGGUAAGAGUGAGAGUAAAAGUAGCUGGAAGAAGCUUUGCUUCUCUAAACCUGCUUCGCCAAAGUUACCAAGCCUUGGAUGUUUUUCUGAUUAA